AUGUCCUACGUUGGGGUCAUUCCGAUUGCUGGGAACGAUAUGUCGAACGGAGCGCCAGGGUACUGUUCGGCUAUAUUUUGGUCAAGUAGCUUUUUGAACGACUGUUUACUUUUAGCCUGGACUACUGUCGUUGGCAGAAAUCCCGAGGGAUUGUGCUGUCGCCUAACUAUACCGUGUCCGCGAAAAUACCAUCCACCCGUGCAAUUCCGUGCUUUCGAAGUUAAUCGAGAAUCGAUCACUACCGUUCGCAGCCUUGGCCAUGGGAGUUUCGGUGAGGUAUGGUUGGCCAAGUGGAAUGGUUCUGUUGAAGUGGCUGUUAAGAUGCGACUGGAGAACACAGAUCGUGCCCGGUUUAUUGAAGAGGCUAGACUAAUGCACACGUUCCAUCAUCCACGUAUUGUUCAACUGUUGGGCGUAUGCACGCAGCCGGAAGAUCAACCGGUCUACAUAAUCACCGAGUUGAUGCGUAAUGGAGCUUUGGUUGAUUUCCUCCGAAGAGAAGAAGGAAGACGACUAGAAUUGAAUGAUCUCAUUGAUAUGAUGGCUCAGGCAAGUAGCACAAUUUGUUUCUUCUUCAUUGUAUACACUGCUGAAAAAUUUUCCUGCUUGCACACUGCCAUUGAAUCGAUAGUACAGAGCGGAAACAAACGAUUAGAUUGA